GACUCACCGCAGAAAAGUUGGCACAAGCUGCUCGGGUGAGCAAAGAUACCGGUGCUUCUUUCCAGCAGAUCAGAUGUUGAACAAUGCUGGGGUUCCCAGAGAAGUGAAGGAUGCCAUGCAGGCCAUGCAUGGAGCAUCCAGUGCCGUGCUGGGUACAGAUGGUCACCGUCAGUUUUGCCGUCACGAAGGAGUCGCUUAUAUGGAGACUUUCGGCCCACCUUUGAUUUUUCUCACACCGAAUGUCGCCGACACGCAACAUCCGUUGCUUUUGGUCGUGCAGGGUGAGGCAAUUGACCUUGGGCAUAUCAGUGCCGACAUGGCGCCCACGCUGCCAAAAUAUCGGGACAUGCUUCGCCGAUUGGCGCAGGAUCCGGUUGGGCAAGUGCUGCAGUUUGAACUUUUGAUGAGGUUGUUUUUGCAGCAUGUUUUGAAUGUGCGACCAGAGACGUCAGACUGCCGCCGCAACUCGGUCAGGGCUGCGUGCCGCGAGUGGUGCAGCGAUGGCGCAGCGGCCGCGUCCACCGGAGCAGGUGCUGGCGUUUCGUGGAGGUGGCCCGGAAUCUGUGUAAAUACGGAUUUGUUGCGGGAAUUGCCAGAGAGGACAGCAGAACAAGAAGAGUACCUGGCUUUGGUUUCUGAAGACGACUGGCGACGACCCACAGUAGAAGUUGAAGUGGAAGCAGCAGGCUUGCAGAGCAUUUUCGCCACACCUAUCAACCAGUUGUCGGUGGCAACCACUCCGAGUUAUCGCUUGCGGCCCUUGCUGUGUGAUCCAAGUGUUCCAGAAUUGGACGCGCAUGCUUGGCGGGAAGCCUUUCAGCAAGAUUUGCAUACUUUGAUGCCUUCGCUUCUUCGACAUGUCUGCACAAAAUCUUGCUUCAAAUACUCGGAUCAAAGUUCUGCCACUUUCAAAAUUUGUCGCCAUGGCUUUUACCACGUUGUUCACGUGUUUGAUGGCUGCCGCGUGCGUCGCAAAGGGAAGUCGUUGCGACCUUGUUUACACAUUGGUGGUGCAGAAGAGGGCGCUUAUGGCAUGGAAGGACGGUUGCGACCGAUUCAGUUGAGUCCUUUCGAAUGUCAAAGUUCGUACGGUGGCACAGUGUCAGGGAGGCACAAUUUGGACUUACAGGACAUGCGGCGAGUGGUGAGCCCUGUUUUGUGGUUGGAUUCUGAUGAUCAUCUUCCUCAUGUCGGUGCUGUGACGUCCUUGGGGUAUAUGGCUUUUUAUGAAUGGACUGGGAAGGGCUACGAUGUUCGACGAGAUGCUCCUGCGGGCCCGGUGUCUUGGUUGUGUCGGAGGAAGUUGGCGAAAUCUUUUCGCGCUGGAUGGCGUCGGGCGUACAGGUUGAAAUUUGGAUUUGCAGAAGCGGCAGAGAGCGGGACACCCGCUGAGGCAUCUGAGACGCAGACGGACACACCUAUGACCUGCGAUGUUGCUGAUAGUUUUGCAAACAGCGGUGAUACUUCUUUGGCACAAGCAAUUCGCGUCAGUGUGAAUGAGGCUUUUUGUGAUGGCAUCAACACCGGCUUCUAUGUGAACAAUUACACCACGAAACCAGGUCCGGGUCUAGCAACCAUGUUGGAGGAACUACAAAGAGGCAUCGAACGUCUGGAAGAUGAAACCAAAGAGCGUGAAGAAGCUCGAAAAGCGGCGGAAGCAGCAGCUCAUGCUGCUGGAGAACAUCUGCCAGGACGCCGGAACAAAAUAUUUGCUGAUACGCUGCGGACCUUGACGCGACUGACGUCAUCGUACCGCCGCUGUCACUGGAAGAGUGCUGCUGAAAUUAUUUUUCCGUUGUUAUUCCAGCAUUUGACCUUUGCUUCCCACAGGACUUGGAAACUCUAUGUGAAAAAGGCAGUUUUUUUUGCCGUGGAAGCUUGGCGACGUCAAUACGGCCAUUCCGUCUUGCAGCAUGUUAUUGACAAGGGCGAUGGAGCGGAGCCGGUCAUUUUCAGUCGACCUGGCGUGGACGAUCUGGUGCUAAAAGGCUGGAGAAGAGUUCGUCGAGUGGAUCCGGAGAGUGGCGCUGUGGACGAGAUCUUUGUGGGUCCGAACGGACAGGCUUGCGUGGACAUCAUCGCUGCAUUUGACGAGUAUCAAGGACAGAGUCAGAGCCGCAGGAAUCCGCAACAGCAGCUCAGCUAUGUGCAGGAGCUUCUGAAACUUCAUGCGGUCACGGAGGAGGUGGUUCCGAAUGACACGGAGGCCAGCAUUGUCACGAACCUGCAAUCUCUGCAACCCAGUGGUGAAGAAUGUGCUGUGAGGACAACCAGCAACGUAGAAGCCAAAGCUUUGGCAGUGACGACCUCUAGCUUAGAGGAUUAUCUGUUUCGUGGCAGUCAUCCUUUGCUGGCAGGCAUGAGCUGGGCGACAUAUGGAACGUGGGUGUACCGGAUCGAAUUGCCGCCACAGCAAGAGAUUUCGGUGCGCUCAGCGGUUGCGCGGUUCGUGGACCUGUAUUUUGAUCCGUCCUACAAGUUGUACAACUCCCACGCGCAACGCAUUUGCAGUGAACCUCGGGUGCCGAUGUUUGAAGGUUUCACGAUGCCGCCGCUGACUCAUGACAGCGAGCGAAAUGCUAUGUACAAACAAGUACAAUGUAGGCCUGUGGCUGUUCAGGUUGAUGAGAGUGUGCAGCACACGAUGGAGGAAUUAGUUUUGAAUGCUUUCAAAACUUUUUCGAGUCCACAAGAAACCGGUGACAAAGUGGACCAGUCGCUGCGAGCACACACAGCCUUUACGCAGUCGUAUUUGGAAUGGGCGGUUGUCAUGGAAGAAGAAGCCCAAAUGGCCAGGCAUCGCUUUGCUGAAAGAUUUGAAUUUCCUUCUUUGUGGGAAACACAAGAAAUGAUGGAGCUCUUGGAGGAGAAGCUACAGCUGGUCAGCGGUGGCACCUUGCCGGCGACGCAGAAAGACUUCGAUGUUGGGAAGCCACGAUGCACUGCCUCCAUGUAUUCUUCUUUUCUGGCGCAACAGCGAAUUGCAAAUCUGGAAGGCCUUGCGCGAGCCAGACAGAGCAAACCCAAGCGCAGAAGAGACGAAGAUGCUCGUUUGCAUGAGGAGUAUGUGAAGGUGCACACAGUUGGUGAAGGUGAUGAUGACGGUCUCGGUGUUGAGAAUGAUGAGGAAGUAGAAGCUAUGUUGGAGCAAGCAAUUCCUGCAAAAGAAGUGUCUCCGCCCAUUUCUUUGAAACCCACAGCAGAAGAACAGAAACAGCUUUUGCGAUUUGAGCUGCAAGGUCGUCGGACUGAAUAUGUGAAGAUGUUUUUACAGGAAACGUGGAUGAAAGACGAUCCGUUCGAAGCAGCUUCACUUUGUCGCAACAGUGAACAUCAACGACAUGAACUGCUUUUGGCCGAUUUAUCACGGUUGAAUCAGGAUGAGCGUGCAGAUGUUUAUGGGAAUCUACGAGAGAAUCUCCAGGAAGAGAAGGAAGUGGCGCGCGACAGUGAUGAGCGAGAGACGGUGUGUCGACUGCGAAUCAUGCAAGAACUUUUACCUCGCCUACCUCGAGAUUGCGCUCGCUUCACAGAUCAGAACAUCUAUGCAAAUCCCUCGGACAUGCUGUCGGACAUGGUUGCAAAUCUGCCGUCGAAUCGGCGUCUCAACGAAGACCAACAUAUCUUUAUUUUACGGUUUGCAGACGUUUUGGACACGGUAUGGAAAGAGGACCAGGACCUGCCGCCGGAGCGACGAUCGGUGUACCACAUGUUGUUAUUGGGCCAAGGUGGAUCCGGCAAGACACACAUUGUGCAAAAUUUGAUUUUUCCGGUUGUGCAUUUUAUUUGGCCGGCAAAGAAGGAAGAAGAGACUUUGAUGGUGGUUGCCGCAAAGAAUGCACAGGCCAAGAACAUAUCCACUGAGACUGUGCGUGCGAAGACGUUGCAUAUGGCAGGCUGCAUGCGCGUCCAAAGUUUAAGCAACUCUCAGAUGGCUGCGGGCAAGAAAGAAAAAGCUUUGGAGAGAAUGUGGAAGAACAUUCGUGUGUUGAUUAUUGAGGAAAUCAGCAUGGUUGCCGCAAUCUUAUACAAUAUGCUUGAUUACCGUUCUAUGUUGGGCCGCAGAGUUGCUUUCAAGGUGGAUCCACAGACUUACACCAAAGUUGGCUGUGCUUUCGGUCGCGUGCCCAUCGUCUUGCACUUGGGCGAUUUUUUUCAGUUACGACCCACGGCGCAGAUGUCAUUGCUUGAAGAUAUGGAUGGGCAAGAUGCAGAUGGCAGAUACGUUUACCAAGACGUGCCUUUGGAAGUGCAGCAUGGGCAAAAACUAUUUUCGCAGAUACCAGAUGUCUUUGAGCUGCGCGGCACGAUGCGUUUCCAACCCCAGGAUCCUCUGAUUGAGAUUUUGCAGUGCAUGCGUCUUGGUCACGCCAUGCCGGACAGGCUUUGGGCGCAGUUUGAAGAGCGUGUUGUGCGCGAUGAGUUGCCUGGAGUUGCAGAUGCUCGCUUGUAG